AUGCGUUACUACUUUAAUGAAAUCCAUUCUCACUGUUUCUUCUUUUUUCUUCUUCUUCGUCUGAAGCUGACUGUUGCUGGGUUGUUCUUUUUCUUUUUCUCAUUCUUCUUCUUCUUUUCUUCUCUUCUUCUUUUCCUCAAUUUUGUUAUUUUAACUGUUCUUCUUUUUCUUCUUUCCCUCAAUAUUGUUGUUCUUCUUCUUCUUUCUUUCAAACCUGUUGUUGUUGUUGAUGUUGUUUUUAUUGUUUUUGUUCUUCUUAUUUCUCUCAAUCCUGUUGUUGUUGUUGUUGCUCUUCUUCUUCUUCUUCUUCUUCUUUUUUACCUCUAUCCUAAUGUUGUUGUUGAUGAUGAUGAUGUUGUUGUUGUUGUUCUUCUUCUUCUUCUACUUCUUCUUUCCCUCAAUCCUGAUGUUGUUGAUGAUGAUGAUGUUGUUGUUGUUCUUCUUCUUCUUCUUCUACUUCUUCUUUCCCUCAAUCCUGAUGUUGUUGAUGAUGAUGAUGUUGUUGUUGUUGUUCUUCUUCUUCUUCUACUUCUUCUUUCCCUCAAUCCUGAUGUUGUUGAUGAUGAUGAUGAUGUUGUUGUUGUUGUUCUUCUUCUUCUUCUUCUACUUCUUCUUUCCCUCAAUCCUGAUGUUGUUGAUGAUGAUGAUGAUGUUGUUGUUGUUGUUUUUCUUCUUCUUCUUCUUCUUCUUUUUUACCUCUAUCCUAUUGUUGUUGUUGAUGAUUAUGAUGUUGUUGUUGUUGUUGUUGUUGUUCUUCUUCUUCUUCUUCUUCUUCUUUCCCUCAAUCCUGAUGUUGUUGUUGAUGAUGAUGUUGUUGUUCUUCUUUUUCUUGUUCUUCUUCUUCUUCUUCUUUCCUCUAUCCUGUUGUUGUUGUUGAUGAUUAUGAUGUUGUUGUUGCUCUUCUUCUUCUGCUACUUCUUUUUCUCAAGCUUACUGUUGCUUAUCAUCAUCAUCGUCGUCUUCUUUUUUUUCUCUCUCCAUUUCUACCAUUUUUUUCUUAGCCAUUUAAAUUUCUAUCCCUCUUUUUAUUCCUCUUCCUAUUAUUUGCCAUUCAAAUCAAAUCCACAAAGGAAGAGAAAAGAAAACACUCUUUUCUCUUCUUGA